AUGCAUAAAGGUGCUUUGAUUGUCACAUACUCUAUUACUCCAUAUGAUAUUUCCAUAUUACUUUUGAUCUAUUCGUACUGCUAUGAAGAUACUAAGAUUCCAUUAGAAGUGCUGAUAAAAUUAAUCAAUCCAACGUUACCAAAUCAAGAGUUUAAUCCUAUCAUACAAGAGAACUCCUAUGUUCAAGAUAUCAAGAAACCAAUUCUUCCUUUCCUCGAUGAUAUAUGUGGCUAUCUGAUAAGUUGUGAUCAAAGACCUUUGAUGCUAAAAUUGAUAUCGAUGUUGAAAGCAGUAGAUGCCUUAGACAUAAUUACACAGCUAUUGAGGAAAUUAGAGGUCGAAUGUCUUAUCAAGAACUAUCACAGGAAGAAAGAAGGUAUUGUUGUAAGAUGUCGAAAGAUUGUGAGAUCAAGUGUUUUAGGAAUGUAUCUACAACGCUGUAUCUCAAGAUAUCGAAUUGGUGACUUUAAUGAUAAAGAAGAUUUAUGGGAUAAUAUACAGAAAUUUAUAGAUCAAUUUGAUUAUGAAAGUUAUGUUGAUAAUUCUAAUUAUAAUAUUAUAAGGUAUCAGUUUACAUUUUCAACAACAAAUAACUAUUUAGAGGGACACGAUGAUGAUAUUAUUGCAUUUAUGAAAGAAGCUUCUAAAAAGCUGGUGUCGGAUGAAAAUAAUGCAAUAAUGGUAUCCCAUGAACAUUUCCAAGCCUUAUUAAAUUGGGAAAUCUAUUCAAUAUCAAAUUUGAAUAUUGUCACAAUGAAAAAUAUUGAUAUUUUAACUUCAAAUGUUUCUUUAAAUGAUUUAACUAAGUUUCCAUCAAUUCAUAUUUUAAGAUAUUUAUUAGCUCUUAAUAAUGAUAGUUACCAGACUGCAUUGGAUUCCUUACAUAAUUAUUUUGAUUACAUGCUUACCCAAAAUGGGGAUAAUUAUUUCCAUAUAUCUCUACUAGGAUUAGGUACAUUCUUUUCACAUUUCCAUAACUGCGAACCUGCAAUUAAUGCUUUUAAAGAGGCAACAAAGGUAGCAAGAGAAAAUAAAGAUACAACUAUUUUACACCUAAUUAUGAUAUGGAUUUUAAAUUUUAUUGAGGGACAUCCAGAAUAUGCAAGUAGUUUCCAAGUGACAAUAUCACAGAUUGUACGAUAUUUGAAAUCUUGCUCAGAAUCAGAAAGUUCUUCUGUAUUUGAAAAUGCUUAUAAAUAUGAAGGAUUGCUACAGAUGACAAGAAAUUCAAGGGCAACUCAAAUACUAGAAUCAUCUUUUAAAUAUAUGGUAAUCGCAUUACAAAGUUAUAGGCAUCAAACUGAAAUGAAUUCUUUUUUUAAAUAUUUUAAAAAAUUGUGGGAAUAUUUUGGUUAUGAAUCAUUGUCAAAUGUGUAUUCAAGUUUAAUGACAAUAGAACUCUCAGAUAUUGAUAGAGAAAUUCAGACCGUGUCACAAAGUUCCAAUUAUGACAGAGAAGGGACACAUAGCUUACUAGCUAAGUUAAAUUCACCAAAAUUGACUUAUCAACAAUUGAUGGGUAUUAAACUAAUCCAGGUUCAGUAUCUUAAUUCAUUUGGUGAUCUUCAAUCCUCAAUGGAAAAAAUAUCAACCAUUUUAGAAGAUAAAUAUUUAGAAUCAUAUUGGAGCUCAAAAUUCGAGAAAGAAAAAUGUAAUAUUCUCCUGAAAAGUAAAGUUGGGAUUCGGUUUAUUCCUGAAUUGAUGAGAAUCAUAGAUAGAACUUCUAAAAGUCAAAAUCCAUUACAGUCUGCAGAAAAUUUGUUCCUACUUGUACAGAUUCUAAUUCAAAUAAACAAGUUAGAUCAGGCCAAAAAAUUGAUAGCUGAUAAUAUAUUGCCAGCUUUUGCAUAUAAACAUAUUAGAAGACAAAUUCUUGAGACUGGCAUAUUUAGCUGA